AGGGCGCGAGGGCAUCGGGUUGAGUCUGUGGGGUCUGUCACCAUGACCUCUGUUCUCGCGAGCAUCCUCUUUGUCGCCUGGCUCCGUGCGCUUCACUGCUACCCUGUAGAGCUUUCAUUGGACCUGAAGAUCAAUAAUGAAGAAAGCGGCUACACAGCAGGUGACGACACAAGUCUGGAGAAAGAGCAGAAGAACGCUUUAGACAACAGCAAAGUACGCGGUGAGGCGCCCGCAGUCUGGGAUCUGAUUGAGAAAGCCAACAGGAAUCUAGAACAGAUCCCCGGCGGCCCUCUGAUCAAGUACGGCGACAUCGCCGUGAGCGACGAGCUGGGGAACGCCGACCCCUGCACGUCCCGCGGUUGCCUGUGGCCCAAGUCCGAGUCCGGGGUCGUGACCGUUCCGUUCGUCAUCUCCAGAGACUUCUCGUCCAGAGAGCGGGGGCUCAUCGAGAGUGCCCUGGGAUCCAUCCAGACCUACACCUGCGUCCAGUUCACGCCUCGCAAAAACCAGCGAGACUACAUCUCCAUCGAGUCUCGCGCUGGGUGCUUCUCGUUCGUGGGCCGGCGAGGGGGCAGACAGGUGCUGUCCCUGCAGAGGGGGGGCUGCGUGUACGUGGGGACGGCGCAGCACGAGAUCAUCCACGCGCUGGGCUUCAACCACGAGCAGACGCGCAGCGACCGCGACGACCACGUCACCAUCCUGCUGGAGAACGUCGUCAGAGGUAUGGAGCACAAUUUCAGAAAGAUUAACACCAAUAACCUUGGGACUCCGUACGACUACAAUUCUGUCAUGCACUAUGGAAGGUAUGCCUUCUCCAGAAACAGAGAACCCACCAUCGUACCCAAACCCGAUCCAAAUGUGGCCAUUGGGCGCGCCACACAGAUGGACCGGUUGGAUGUUGAGAGGAUCAACAGGCUUUAUCAAUGCUCCCGAUACUACUGAUCCAAGAGGCAAGGACGCGAGCAUCAUCACAGUCAUGACACCUGAGAUCUCAAUGGAGGAUUUUUAAUGCAACGCAUAUAUUUCUCUAUUGCUACACUGACCAGCUCAAAGAAUGCUUUUUCUAUUCGUUCUGUAAACUGAUGUGAUGCAAGAUGCAUCAGUGUGCAUUUUCAUUGAGUACGCUUUUGAAUACCCUGUUUAUACUAUGAAUGAAAACCUGCAUCUAUUUUUUAAAUAGCUUUACUGUGUCUUAAAUUGAUCAAUGAACUGGAAAAGCUUGCUGAUUCAGGCAUCAGAUGGCAUCUGUGUGUAACUCUGUGCAUAAUCAAUAAACUGGUGCGUCUGAGUAA